UUCGCCUGCGAAGCUCCACCUACUACUAGCAGUCAGAUACCGACCGUAUAGUAAGACCAACAUCGAAAUUUUUUUUAUCAUCUACCCGCCGAGUUGGUGAGGGACGAAGGCGUCCUGAAUUUGUUUGUUCUUUUUCUUACCACUGGAAACGUACUGUCUGAAGUGUGACUAUCGUAGACAAAGUCGUUCAAGAUGAAUCGCGACGCUCAGGCGUUGCUGGAUGACCUAGGGCUAACACACCAGCAUAUCACGUUCCUAGGUGACGUUGAGGUGAGAGAUGAAGACGAAAUCGGCAGAGGAUCAGAUGCCGUAGUCUACAAGGUCAACUGGCAAGGUAUCGAUAUCGCUCUCAAAGUUUUACACCCCGUGUUGGUUGAGCCAGGUGUACAGGAUAGAGAGCGUAAGCUCAGAGCGUUUGGCCAAGAGGUGUUUCGUCUUAGCAGAGUACAUCACCCGAACCUGUGUCAACUGAUAGGAUUAGCUCGGGUAAGGGGAAAUGCUGCGUUGGCCCUGGAGUUAUUGUCGGCGUCUCUAGAAGACGUUAGCAUUGGAGAUGGCAGAGAGGAUGCUCCUAAGCUCGUGUCGUAUCUCUGCGACGCUAGUGCAGGACUUCGCUAUCUGCAUUCAUUCGGAAUCAUUCACCGCGAUCUAGCGCCCAAGAAUGUGCUUGUGAAAAAUGGCACGGCCAAAGUCAGUGACUUCGGAGGUGCUAAAUUUGUGCGCUUGACCUCACCUCGACAACAACAGCACCAAGUCCAAUCGGCAAUGGACAUGACUCGCUGCCCAGGUACACUGGCAUUCAUGGCACCUGAGGCGUUACGUGAGACUCCGGAUUACGAUCGUCCCUUGGACGUGUUUUCGCUAGGUGUAAUGAUGCUAAGCGUUCUAACAGGAGUUAUGCCUGGCAUCGAGUUGAUGACAGCGCCACAUUUCGUCGUCGUGCGAGAACGUGGCCAAGAAGUUGAAGAAGUGAUACCGGAGACAACACGCAGAGCACGCUACCUAGCACGUUUGCCGGAUGAACAUCCAUUGAAGCCAUUGAUACGCCGCUGUCUCUCUAACCGUCCUGGGGACCGACCGUCAGCCGAGCAAGCGCACGAAGAGAUCAAACGUUUCUUGGCCAUGUUCAACAGUAUUUUGCCGAAUCAGCCUAGCACUGCUGGUACACGGGUUACCAGGCAACUAGAGUCGAUUUCACAGCAGCUAAGCCAGCAAGCUACAUGCAUUGCUGACAUCACCGCACGCAGCUCUGCAGUAGAGGACCAACUCAGCAGCAUGACACAGCGUCUUGUCGACACUCAGCUGGAAACCACCGCUAUCCGUGGCCAACUGCAGACUACGAACCAGCAAGUGACCGGGAUGCGUGGCCAGCUGCAGGCUACAAACCAGCAAGUGACCGGGAUGCGUGACCAACUGCAGGCUACGAACCAGCAAGUGACCGGGAUGCAGGGCCAGCUGCAGACUGCGAACCAGCAAGUGACUGUCGUCCGUGACUGCGUUGAGACUACGAGCCAACAAGUGACCGGGAUCCAUAACCGCCUGGGACACACAACCCAGCGAGUGACUGGGAUAUGCGACCAGCUGCAGACUACCAACCAGCAUGUGAUCGGGAUGCACGACCGCCUUGUAGACACGAACCGGCAUGUGACUGAGAUGCGUGACCAACUGGAGACUACAAACCAGCAAGUCACCAGCCUGCAAGAACAUGUAGCAGUAAUUGCCAGUCAACAGACAGACCUACAAGCAUCCAUCAGUGAGCAGCUAGAUGGGACCAACAGAGGAAUGAGAGUUCAACUAUCGCAACUUCACUCUGCACUGCAGAGUUCGGGAAGUGGCAGUGACUCUGGCCGAUCAGCAAUGGCCAGUGCUAGCGGAAGAUCGACUUCUAGUGCGGCAACCGGAGCCACCAGGAGCACUCCAGUUUCUAGUGUUGGUGACAGUUCUAGACAGCACUCUGCUGCACCCGCCGCACAUUCUCUGACUAUCACACCGGAGAAGAUUCGGCGCAUCACAAUGGAGAGAGAGUGGAUCAAAGCAGAAUCCAGGCGUGGUCAAACUCCGAAACUUAUCAUCCACAAUAACACUCUCGUUGCUGUCUGGCUCAAUGGACAUAAUGCCAUUACAAGCAUCCAGCAGACUACAGACAUGCGUGGCUGGACUAACCUUCCUCUUCCACGUCAUGGCGGUCCAUUUCAAUACCCAUCCCUAGCUAGCAAUGGUCAGGUUUUGUACCUGUAUUGUCAUGACAACCAAGAUCAAGCUGUUCUACUGCAGUACAAUCAGCAUGAUAGGCAGGGGGUGAAAGUAGCAAAGGUGCCGCCGGCGCAUGGCCAGCACCGUGGCUGUGUUGUACAUGCUACUGACACUAGUGUUAGUCUUCUAGGUGGCUUCACCAAUAUAUCAGGUACGAGCGACUGUGUUAGCUGUUACACAAUGCUUAACCAGCAGUGGAAAUCCUCUGCUGUCCCCUCACAUUUACUACCUGCUCUUCCAUGUCACUGUGCAUAUGCCUCACGUGUAGCCUGUUAUGGUUCACUGUACAUCAUUGGUGGUAACACUGGGUGUUUCCGCCAGUACACUGAUGAUGGUCACUGGCAAGAGGCUGUAAAACCAGAUGGUGUAGACCUGAUGCAGAGCCGGGCAUGUUCACUGUCUGAUGAUAGUCUAGUCAUUGCCAGGGAUGAUUGGGCCUCAGAGAAGAUUAUGUGUACUGUGUACAAUGUACGUACACAUUGCGUCUAUGAGUUGCCCAGUGUACGGUAUGGCGGGUAUGGUGUAUCAUCACUAGCACUACUCAAUGAAGUAGUGGUGCUCGCUACACAAGAUUACCUCUACACCCUGAAUAUGAACAUUUGAGCAGGAUAUAGGCGGCACAGAACUACUGCCUUACCAUACUCAAAUUCUUUACUUGAUAUUUUUGAUUAACUGAUGUUUGUAUGAUGUAACUUGGUGUUUCCUUCCAGAUCUUCUCUACUUUGCUCUGUAGCCCAUGUACUGUAUACUAUAGUAAUAUGCUAGAGUAACUCCAUCCUUACAUUACCUGUACAUAUCAAUACCUACACAGACAAUGCACUCGCAGUAUUCGGUUUCCUUGCCUCUGAUCAUGAUCAUGCUGUUCACAAAUACUAUUUUACCAUUUCUCUAUUGUUUGUUAGACAGUCAUGUACCUACCUGUACAUGUAACGGACUGCAUCACCUUGUGCCUUGCUACCAUGCUACAAUGCUAUGCCUAGACUUGAUGACAUCAUUGCUUUUGAUAUCUAGGUCUGGGUGACCGCAUUGCUUUUGAUAUCUAGAUAUAUCAUCUAGGUCUGGAUGACCUCAUAGUGCAUUGAACCCAGGUUUGAAUGAUGUCAUUGGACUUUACUCUUUCUCAUGCAAUUAUAUACACACCCUGAUAUUUUUCCUUUCAAAGUCGACUCGGUUUCUCUCACUUUCAAGCUCUUCUGUGCACUUCAGUUGUGGAUCAGUAUCACCCUGUGCGGUGUGGACUGCCUGGCAAGCUGGUGUGAAUCUUCCGCUAAUAGUAUAGUACUUUUACUGGGAAGACAAAAAAGUUCCCGUUCAGUUGUA